CGUACUGCCUCUCACUGGGGUCCCAGGACAGGUGCAGAGAGCUACUAGUAGUGUGGCGGUUGCGUCUAUUGUGAUCUUUCUAAGGGUAUGACCAAGACUUUUCCAGUAUGAGCAAUUAAACACAAAUUUAUAUUUCACACGGUUAUUAUAUAAACUGGAUUGUGCAUCGUAAAAAGACGUUACACUGACAGCAGAAACGAAAGUAAAACUUGAGAAGAGACCGUUAAGCACUGACAUGCUCUUUAGCACACGAAGGUCCGAUUAUCUUAAAUUUGACCCAUACAGUUUCGCGCCAACUUACAAAAUGGCAGAUCGCGAAGAAGAGACCCGGAAACGCUGUAGCUCAGCGCCAACUAAUGGACUUCAGUCCACCCCGGAGAAGAAACCGUGUUUAACAAACAGAGAUGAGAACAAGAAGAGAGAAGACUAUCUGGAAUGGUCGGAAUACUUUAUGGCCAUAGCUUUCCUGUCAGCACAGCGCAGCAAGGAUCCCAACUCUCAGGUUGGGGCGUGUAUAGUGAACCAGGAAAACAAGAUAGUGGGUAUUGGCUACAAUGGGAUGCCCAACGGUUGCAACGAUGACUUCUUGCCUUGGAGAAGAGUAGCCGAGAACAAACUGGACACCAAAUAUCCCUAUGUGUGUCAUGCGGAACUAAAUGCAAUAUUGAAUAAGAACUCUGCAGAUGUGAAGAAUUGUACGAUCUAUGUCGCAUUAUUCCCUUGCAAUGAAUGUGCCAAGCUCAUCAUCCAAUCAGGGAUCAGGGAAGUGAUCUUUGUGUCUGACAAGUAUCACGACAUUCCGGAAAUGGUGGCCUCUAGGAAACUUCUGGAUAUGGCAGGUGUCAAAUAUAGGCAGUUUCAGCCCAAAUCCAAGCAGAUUGUGAUAGAUUUUGCAGCAAUAGACGGGAAACCGCCCAAUCCUUUGAAGUCCAUUGCUUCACCAUAAUACAAGAUGGGAGGAAACUUAAAACAGAAUUGGUCUUAAUUUUUAGACCAAGAAUUUCAUCCCUUUUAACUCAGUAGAUUCAUGGCAGUCCACUAGCCUAGUGAAGUAAUGGCCUGUCACAUGACCCAUGUCGCUAUUGUUAUGCAACAGUCACAAUGUUUCACCAGGUUGGACUGUUGUGGAUCAGGGUAUACCAGGAAUCUUAAUCUGUAACAUAGGAUCAGAUUUUGGGCUUGUUAUUUUGUGAAUCAGAUUCCCUUGUUUCACUUUUAUUUGGUAUCUUUUUUCACUCAUACAUGGGUAAUCUAUGAAGUUAAAAGGCAAUGCUUGCUAUGAUUUGAUUUAUGUGUUCAUCUUGCACUGCCUUGGUGGUUCUAGCAGUAUAAUCGCUUAAUAGAAAAUGUUUAUUUUCAUUGAAAAAAACAUUUAGGAGAAAUUCAAUUUAUUGUUCACAAAAUUUGUUCAGAUAUUGGAGGAGAAUAUUUCUCAUCCUUUUGGAUUUUAAAUUUCAAAAUAAGAUCAAGAGAAAAUGCCCAGGUUAUUUUCUCGUUAAAAUUUGAAGAUCUGAUUAUGCUGACCCAUAUUAUGGGAAUCCUUUACCACGUGAAUCUUUUAUUGUAUGAGAUAUUAUAAUUGUUUGUUUGUGAUU